UCCCCAAAUUCCAGCUUUAAUCGAAAAGCUCCGAUCACAACAUCAUCGCAGCACAGCUCCACCGCUCCCGGCGGCACCACCCACUGCCUAAGUCAGCUCGACUCAAUCUUCAUCUCCUCUUUCAAGGCAGAUCGAUCCACAUAUCAUAUCUCAUCUAGAGGCGGAAUAAAUCAUGAAUUCGAGCUACGGGAAAUCGAACAACAACAAAUCGGGCGUAAACGCCUUCGAUUUCGAUCUUGGCCUGGGCUCGGGCCGUUCGGCGCCUAUGAAUGAUAAGAGGAACCAAACGCCGUCGUAUUCGUCAACUGCGUACGCAUAUUCGUCAGCUCAGCCGAAACCGAAUACGGCGUCGUCCUGGACCCAUCAGCCCGUAUUGCCGGCUCAAUCGGGCCCGACGUCUAUGGUGGGAGACAUUUUUGGGAAGAGCUGGAACUCGCCUGCCCCUCCAAGCUCCAGUGCAUCCGUUGUUGGCGUUGUGAAUGGUAAGAACCCCAAUCUGUUCAGUGAUUUGGUGAACUCCGCAAUUGGCGGGAACAAGAGUAGCAGCAAUGUACCUCUGAAAAACACAGCCCCUGCCGCGAGCCAGAAUGCAUUCUCGAUGGGGAAUUUGAGGAAUUCGUUGCCAAAAACUAGUUAUUCCGUCGGCGGGACUGCAGGAUCUAAUGUCGGUAGUAGUGGUGGAAAUGUGAACUAUGGUGGAAGUUAUGGCAGAAGUUCGAGUCUUGGUGGUAACACCGUGAAUUCGGGUGGUGGUAGCGUUAGAAAUCCAAAUCUUGGGGGUCCAUCAAUGAAAAGUAUGGCAGGGGGUGGAGUUGGAGGUGUGGGGAUGGGUUCAAGUAAGGACCCUUUUGGAUCUUUGGUGGAUUUUUCGUCUAAGUCGUCUGCUGGUAUGAAGUCAGCAAAUAAAGCAACUGAGAAGAGUGGUUUUGGGGAUGAUUUGUUUGGUGGCUUUCAAAAUGCCACUUCGAAUUCAUCAGGUUCUGCUUUUCCCACAAGUAACAAUGAUUCAUUUGGGAAUUUUCAAAAUGCCACUUCGAAUUCAUCAGGUUCUGCUUUUCCCACAAGUAACAAUGAUCCAUUUGGGAAUUUUCAAAAUGCCGCUUCAAAAACGAGCAGAGAUUCAUUUUCUUCUGAUGCCUUUUCCGCUAAUAACAGUGAUCCAUUGGGCGAUGCAUUUGCGAAUUUUCAGAAUGCCCCUUCAAAAACUGGUGGAUCCACAUUUUCAUCCAGUGCUUUUCCUACAAGUAACAAUGAUCCAUUAGGUGAUUUCGGGUUUUCUAGCAGUGUACCCACCAGUCAAAGUCAGCCUAAAACACAAUCCUCGGGUUCUAAUGGCUUUGAUGCAUUAUUUUCUUCGACUGCUGGUGGAGUAACAGGAGGGGCUGAAGGAUUUGCUACCCAGCAGUUCUCGGAGGGUGAUGAUUGGGGAAUAAAUGAAGAUUAUGCAGGAAAUGAUUCAGGGGGAACUACUGAGCUUGAAGGCCUUCCUCCUCCCCCUGCCGGUGUUUCUGCUUCAUUUGCAAAGAAUAAGGGUAUGGAUAAUUACAAGCAGGGCCAAUUUGCUGAUGCUAUAAAAUGGUUGUCUUGGGCCGUUGUUCUUCUUGAGAAGGCUGGUGAUGAUGGGACGGAGGAUGUGUUAGUCAACAGGGCUUCGUGCUACAAGGAAGUCGGAGAGUAUAAGAAGGCUGUAGCUGACUGUACAAAGGUGCUUGAACGUGAUGGCAAGAAUGUAUCUGUUCUAGUCCAGCGUGCUCUCCUUUAUGAGAGCAUGGAGAAAUACAAGCUUGGAGCCGAAGAUCUCAGAACUGUCAUGAAACUUGAUCCUGGUAAUAGGGUUGCAAGAAGCACCAUCCAUCGCCUCACCAAGAUGGCAGGAUAGAGUGCUUUUUGUUACAUCUCGUAUUUCACUUUGUCACGGUAUUGGUCUUAUUUGGAAGAGUAUGCGGGAGUGUUUAAACAAUUGAUGAGUUUUCUUAUUUCGUUUUACCCUCUGGAAAAACCAAAACUUGUAAACUUUUUGUUCCUAUAUUUCUUUUCAAGUUCAUAUUAUGUGAUAUUCUGUGUC